CUUACACAGCGCUCUCAAACUAGAGAAGACAAAUCCUAAUAUAAUGUCACGCAGUGAUCUCGUCCUCUGCAUUUUUAUCAGACGUUCUGAGUGACAGACCUGACACGAGCCAUUUCUAGAAAAAAAGUGUAAAUUUCGGAUUUACUGAUGAUCACAUGGAUCACGUGUCGAAGAAGAAGGAAAAUAUAACGGCCAUGUAGGCAAAGACACAGAGCUCAGUCAUGGGUUCAGAGGCGGUGGAGGACUGUGUGCAAGGGGCGCUCUCCUCCCUAUAUCCCCCAUUUGAGAGCACUGCACCCCCUCUUCUAUCCCAGGUUUUUUCUGUCUUGGAGUCCACGUAUCAGCAUGACAGUUUAAGGUAUCUACUGGAUUUCUUCAUCCCGGCCAAACAUCUUCUGCACAGACUCCAGCAGCAUGCUUGUUCUCAAUAUUUGGGCUGUUUGUUCCUGCACUCGGGUUGGCCCCUGUGUUUGGGCGAGAAGGUGGUGGUCCAGCUUUCUACUCUUGACUGGAGGCUCUUGCGAAGCAAUGACUUCUACCUGCAAGUGGUGCCAUUUUCCACACGCUGUCCCCGCCUGGCCCUCAAGUGUCUAGCUCUUGGUGGCCGCAAUGUCCAGGAGGUCCUGGUUCCUGAAUCCCAACACCCUCUGGUGUUUACAGCAGAGUGGCUGCACUGCAUCAACAAGGAACGUGGUUGCAAGAGAGAAGGUGGAGGUGUUUUAGAUACUUGUCUAGUUAGUACUUCUGAUGGAGUGGUACGUAUUCCAUGGGAUGAGGUUGUUUACCCAAAAUUGCUACACAACCCCACUGACCUGGAUCUUGCUUCCACACAUCCCCCUGAUCUUGACUACCUUUCUCCAAACAUGGGGAGUCUAGGAUGGUGCUCUUCCUCUGGAGAUCCUGACACCUGGUCCUGGGAUGAAGAAGACGAUCUUCCUCCAGAUGGCAAUGAGGCUGAUGUUGACUCUACUCUGCGGCACCUCAGACAGGCUAGUGAUGGAUGCGGGGAUUAUGUGGAACUCCUGGAACCUCGAGGAGGUCCGGAUGGUGGCACUGAUUCUAAGCAGCGCUACUUGGAGAUGCAUGGGAUCUGCAAGACCAAAACUUUGCCGCUGUGCAGGCGAAGCAAGGCCAUUCGAAUUCGGCGGGGUAAGGCCUGGGGGUAUGCAAAGACCGAGAUCAGUGGAAGGACAGGGAGCUUACGUAGGAAGGACAGUAACAGCAGUGGAAAGAAUAGUGGAGGUGCACGCAAGGAUUUGGUCAACUCUAGACCCCCACCUAGAGUCAUUGAUUUGGUCCGAGAGAGACAGCCAUCCCCUCAGUGUGUUCAAGACUCAGAUGAAGGUGGUGGAGAUGCAGUAGUGUUGGAUAACCGGGACCUGUAUUUAGAGGGUCCAUCCAAGGAGAGAAGGCCUGGUGUGGGUGAGGAGAGGACGGGAGCUGGAAGCACACUACCCUGGGAAGAGCGCCAUACAGGAAAGGCCAGGAGUAGUGAGCUGAGCUCUAGAAGUAAAUAUAUCAGUGAAAUAGACACUCAUACUACAGGAAAUAUAGGGGCGGACCAAUCGGAUCAGGACCAAGGAUUCCACUCAGACUGUGUUUUUGAAGAUGAUAAGUCAUUGGCUGAAGGUGAAAUGUUGGCUAAUGCAACAGCAGGCAUGAAUAUUGUGUCUGAUGUUACCAGACAUUUGGCUAACAGGUCAAAAGCAAAGCUUAACACGCAACCAGAUUCAUCUCUAAACAUGGAAUUAAACUGUUCCUACAAUGAUCAAAACAUAACCAAAAACUCAGGAAACUCCAAAGGACAAAAAGGAAAAUGUAAUGAACAUAGGAAACCAGAAAAAAAUCUUUCUCAACCAGGUACUGACAACAUUGCUGGUGAAAGGCAAGUUGGGAAAUUGGAGGAACGUGUGUGCCCCAGGGGAAAGGAUGUCAAAGUGGGAGGAUUUCGUGCACCCAGGAGAAGGAGGAAAGCUAAAGGAGGAAAAGGGAAGGGAAAAUCUGGUGGCCGUGGCAACCCAAAAAACAAGGAAGAUCCCAGUUCCUCAAAGGGUCAGAAGAAAGCAAGCCAGCUAGUUGAAACAUCUGAUUCAGUGGCUAAAUCACCUCUCUUAAAAGAUUGCCAUUCUGAUGAGGGUAAAAAUACAGUAAAGCAGCUAGUGAAUGGUCAUGAAGCAGACCCUAAAUCUGCUGAUGGGACUGGAGAAAAACAACCAGAAAUCUUCCCAGAUGGUAAGUCUCAAUCAGAUACAGCUUCACCCGAUCAUUCACCAGAAGAGACAGUAUCAGCACCUUCUGAUCAGUCAAAAGCACCAUCUCCAAAAGCCUCUCCUCUGCUGAGAGAUUUGAAUGAAGAUCUGCUUCAGUCAGGAAAGUUCAUAGUCACAGGUACUGUGGAUAGACUGGGACGUGGGUUGGUUAUUACAGAAACACACGUACCUGAGGAGGGUCAUCAUCUGAAUGACAUUGUGCAGCUGUUAUCCUGUUAUUAUACAAUUACCAGACCUGCAGCCAGAGAAAAGGGCUUGACAGUGCUGGUGGACAGUAGGCAGGCUUCUCCAUCUGAGCUUUGCUUCUCUGCCUUGAGGUCAUUUAAGACUCAGGUACCAGCAGGCCUUGGCUGUGUUCUCAUUCUUACAGAGGAACAGCAAGAAUCAACCCCGUAUAACCUGGAUGGGAUAGAGGUACACACAAUAAAAGGAACUGGAGUCCUUCAGCAGUAUGUGGAUAGACAGCAGCUGACUAAAGAAUUGGAUGGAGACUUUGAGCACUCACAUAAUGACUGGUUAUCAUUCCGGCUGAGCCUGGAACAGCUGACUGAACGCUGUGAGAGUGUCCUUUGUCUGUUGGAAGUUGCACUAAUGUCUAUGGGCACAGAACCACUGCCUGACUGUAUUAAGUCUGUACCACUAAGUGUUGAAAAGCACAAACAGCUGAUGACUGGGGUUCUGUCUGACCAACGGUUGACAGAGCUACAAAGACGGGGUGGGGCUUGGCUGGCUGGACUGGCUAAUGGAACAUCCAAACUGGCUCAGAGGUCACCAGACUGCAGAGCUGCCUUGGCCGCAACCUCCAGUCUUUAUGACAGUGUUGAUGAUUCACUCCAUCGACUGGUGCGUGUUUCUAAUCAGAGGAGUCAUGACCUGGAAGCACUCAGUAGACUGGCAACUCUAGUGGACAAACUGGAUAAGUGUGAGAAAGAAAUAGAUCGUGUGCAGGAGCAACUGGAGGAAUAUAAAGAUCCUCCUCUAUCAUUAAGCCGCCUCUCACUCAAACAGCAGAAGUUCAAAAGCUUCAGGGAAUCUACCAUGGAACUCCACAGUGAGACAUUAAUGGUGCUGGGUGAGGUGGAGAGCUGGUCCGAACUGGAAUGGGGAGGUCUAACGGCAGUCCUUAAGCGACUUCCAUCAAUCAGAGAGAAAGUGAGAGGAACAUCUCACCGCCUGUCUGACUGCUGGACCCAACUGGACAACACCCAAAGACUACUGUCCACUCUUACUGAGGCCUCCCAGUGGUGUGAUGUGGUCUCUUCCUCCUCUCCCCACUCCCCGCCUUCCUCUCCUCUGUCCUCUCUCCCUCCCAUCCCUCCAUCACGUUUCCAAGAUGCACGAGCUUUGGCUCUUGAGCUUGGUGGCGGUGCUCUGUUGGACCUCUGGGCCCAGACCCUGGAUCGUUACCAACACACACUAGCACAAUUCAAGACCCGCAUGCUCCAGGCUGAACGUGGCAUUCCCCCCAUCCAGGGUCAGGAUCCCAGUGUGGCCAUGACACAGGCACCAAAAACAUCUGUCUCCAGUACCUCUAGUUUGUGGGAGAUAGAGGGAGAGGGAGAUGGAGAGUGGUGUGGAGGAGGAGGGGAAGGAGGGAUGCAGUCUUGGGGCUCGCUAGCCUCACUGUUCCGUCCACAGAACUGCUCAACGCUGAAGAUAGGUGAAGAGAAGAAAAAGGAGGGGGCUGCAGGGACUGUGGGGGGAGGAAAGUUCCUGCAGAACUUGCUCAACCCAAGCAAGAAGAGUCCCACUGAAGCCCCCCUCCCUCCUAAACCACCUCGAAGACGUCACCCAAGCUUUGACCUCCAAGCCCUGCUGGCACCCCGUCGUUCAGCUGCAGCUACACCAAAGCCAGCAGAGGCGCCGCUUGGUGUGAGCAGCCGCUCAUCUCCCCUGUCCUGGCUGGGGAGGAAAGCCGUAGCUGAGCCUAUCCUCAUGGCAGGGAUUGCGACAGCUGUACCAGGAUGGAAGGAAGAGAAAGUUGGAGGAGGGGGUGUGUUGAUAAGGGGCGUGGAGGUCAGCAGUAAAGAGGUGGCAGAUCAUACAGGGUUUACCAGACAGCACGUGCUGCUUGGUCGGACCGAAAGAGAGACAGGAGUGGAGAGGCCUGGCACUACGGCGCAGAGUAAGUUGUAUCUGCAGUGGUGUCGGUUGGUCAAUUCGGAAAGACAGUAUGUAGCUCUUCUAAAGGCUGUGGAGGAGACUUACCUCCCUCUGCUGGACUGUACUGAUACACCACUCUGUCUGAGAGGAAAGGCUGACUCAAUCUUCUCCAACUGGACCAGCCUUGCCACUUUUCAUUCGCAGCUACUCCUUCCCGCCAUCGAGGGUGCCCUCUCUCAAACACUACAGCAAACUGACUGCUUCAGCAAAUAUAGGGAUCAAUUACUGCAAUACUCCCACUACAUCCGUAUGAAGCCAGAGCUGGACUCCCUGCUGGUCAGCCAAGCUGCCGACUUCUUCAAGGCAAAGCUGUCCAGCUCUCCUGUGCUGUCCACUAUCUCCUUUCCUCAGUGCCUUGCUGCUCCGAAUCAAAGGCUACAGCACUACUGUGAGAUCCUUGAGGAACUGGGAGGAGUAAACCCUGGCCCUGACUCUGCCCUCUCCAUUAUCAGACAUGCACAGCGCCAUGGGGAGGACCUGAGGAUAAGUGACCUCAUCACUGGCUGCCCGGUACCUGUGGCAGAACGUGGGGAUUUGGUACGUCAGGGCGAGCUAUAUGUCUGUCCAGGUGGACGGAGAAAGAAGACGGGCAUCAGGACUGUGUUCCUCUAUCAGCAUUACAUUAUUCUUACCAAACAUAAAACUGCUGGCCAAGGCUGCAGUGCAUACACCUUUAAAAACAGCAUAAAGACAGGAGAGAUGGGUUUGACCCAAAGCGUUGGAGAGGAUGGUCUGAGGUUUGAGGUAUGGGUGAGACAGACAUCUCGCACCAAAUACUGUCUCACUCUCCAGGCCUCAUCUUCAGAGGACAGAGAAGUUUGGACGCAUGACAUUGCCCAGCUCCUGUGGACACAUGCCAUCCAUAACACAGAAUUGUGUCUAAAGGAAUCUCUGUGCAUGGGAGUGUCCAGCAAGUUGCUGCUGGAUGUGACAAGAGCGCAGACAUCCGAGCUAGACUCCAGUUUCAGCCUUAAUGACAGGGUUCAGAGUAGCUGUUCAGACUCUUCCUCAGUGGGAAGUCAGAAAGAAGGAGGUUCUCCCUCCAUUGCAAGAGAACCAAAGAACUACUCAGCACAAACUGGCCAUACACAAAACUCAUCACAAUCAACCUCCAUUUGAAUAUCAUCUGAACCACAAAAUCUUAACUCUUCAGUGGAAAUUUGCUGGAUUAGAAAUUCAACUGGACAAAUGUUUAACUAACAAGGAUUUGAAGAUGACUCAGCAACAUUACAGCAUAAUAUGGUAUACUGAAGUUUUGUAAGCCAUGCUACGUUUCACAGGGCCAUCUUGGCUCGGUCUCUCGCAGUUGCUCUGUAUGCAACUAAUCGCCAGGUACUGGAGCGUGUAGCAGGGUAAUGCGUUUCAGGCUUUCAUGCACUGCUGCAUCCAACUGAUUUGCUGCUUGCCAAGAACGAUUUCAAUUUUAUACCACAAGUUACUGUGUGUUUUUUUUCCUUUCUUACUCCAUCAAUACUUGCUUUAUGUCUUCCAUUUUAACCAAAGAAUGUUAUAAAUUAUAACCCUUGUGUAUAUGCGUAAUGUUACCGUUAUGUGUAGAGUUGAUGUUACAUGCCAAUUCCCUAUUAUUAGUAUUUUUAGCGACAACAGCUAUAUUAGUACAAGCUGAAAGAUAAUACAAAUCCCGGUUCACAGGCUGUAAAUUCUAAAAACAAUUUACAGAUACCAUUUUCCAAUCAUAUUUUCUGUAACCAUGCCCUAUAUCAACAAAGCAAAAUAUUUCACAGCAAAGCCCUAUUUGCUGUCUAGUAAAAUCAAUCGAUUGUCAUUGCAGCCAUUAAACCUUUUCACUAAAGAAUAUUCACUUUCUUCCACUAGUGCAUAUCCCAUUAUGUAUUUAAGUCUUAUUUUAAGGGAACAAUAAUUUUAAAGUGCUUGAAUGACACGGAAGGCUAUGAUGUCAAUUCCUAUGCAACAUUUCCUUCUAUUACCUAAUCAAACUACAAUUAAAAACAAAUUAACAGCAUAGAA